AUGUCGGUGAAGGAGACGGGUGCUCUUACCUGGGAUACUGGUGAAAUGUUCGCAACAGCGACCAACCCUUUCCCAGUCGCCAGUUAUACCCUGAUCAUCCACGAUUCGUCGAAAGAUGUGACCGACAUUCCAAGCGCUGGGUUUUUGGGUGCUUUUGAGCAGUACGUGUUUGGGAUGUACACAGGACAACCCUAUACUCCGCUGAACGAAUUCAAAUGUGCGACCUGCAAUGGCGCAUUUUCCAUACAUGAAAAGCAAGCCCUGGGCGUGAUUCUGACAACAUCAGCCAUCACCGUCUUGUCCUUCACAUGGUUCGCCAGGGGGUUUGGCGUGUUUUGA